AUGUGGUAUGUGGAAGCCUCCUUCUCAUGUUCAGGAAUCAACAGUGUGAACCAGCUUGGGGGGCUCUUUGUGAAUGGCCGGCCCCUGCCCCUGGACACCCGGCAGCAGAUCGUGCGGCUGGCAGUCAGCGGGAUGCGGCCGUGUGACAUCUCACGCAGCCUUAAGGUAUCUAAUGGCUGUGUGAGCAAGAUCCUAGGGCGUUACUACCGCACAGGUGUCUUGGAGCCCAAGGGGAUUGGGGGAAGCAAGCCACGUCUGGCCACACCCCCCGUGGUGGCUCGAAUUGCCCAGCUGAAGGGUGAGUGCCCAGCGCUCUUCGCCUGGGAGAUCCAACGCCAGCUCUGUGCUGAAGGGCUUUGUACCCAGGACAAGACUCCCAGUGUCUCGUCCAUCAACCGAGUCCUGAGGGCACUACAGGAGGACCAGAGGCUGCCCUGGGCACAGCUCAGGCCACCAGCUGUUUUAGCUCCAGUUCCUCGCAAUCCCCACAGCGGCUCUGAAGCUCCCCGGGGCCCCUACCCAGGGACCGGCCACCGGAAUCGGACUAUCUUCUCCCCAGGCCAAGCUGAGGCGCUGGAGAAAGAGUUCCAGCGUGGGAAGUACCCUGACUCAGUGGCCCGUGGAAAGCUGGCUGCUUCCACCUCUCUGCCCGAGGACACGGUGAGGGUCUGGUUUUCCAACCGAAGAGCCAAAUGGCGCCGACAAGAGAAGCUCAAGUGGGAAAUGCAGCUUCUAGGUGCUUCCCAGGGUCUGAUUGUACCGAGUGCUUCCUCAGGAAUCAUCUCUGCACAGCAGUCCCCUAGCAGUGUGCCUACAGCGGCCUUGCCUGCUCUGGAGUCCUUGGGUCCUUCCUGCUAUCAGCUAUGCUGGGGGACAGCAUCAGACAAGUGUCUAAGUGACACCCCACCCCAAGCUUGUCUCAAGCCCUGCUUGGGCUACCUGCCCCCCACAGCCGAGCUCCCUGGAUUCAGUGCUGCUCUGCCAUCCCUGCCCUUCCUAUCACUGCCCCCGCCGCCAGUCUUGGUACCCCUCAGGCCUUGCUCUGGCCUCGCUCCCCACUACUGAAAGGCGUGGAAUGAGGGAGGAAGGCCAGAGUGGAAAGGAG